AUGUCGGCGAGCUAACGCUCACACAGGAGCAGGGAAAACAGCCGAGGGGAGGGGGGAGUAAGUUUAACGCACGCAGAAAUUGCAGUUUGACUGUGUCGUCAAAGUUUCACACAAAGAAUGGAUAAGCAGACGGAUGCUAACGGAAAAGAACUGAGAUGGGACUGAGUCGACGGGGAAAAAAGGCGUCCAAAAUUAGAUAAAUUAAAAAGGGAUAACUUCUUUUUUUUAAACAAUGAACGCUCAAAUGGAGCGUUUGGAGUUCUCGGCGAAGUCUGAAUUGGAUUUGGGCAGCAACAGCUGAGUUUGCAUAUUUUGGGUUACGUUUGGAGGGGAAACGGGAGAAAGCCGAAGCCAGGUCGAUGUCUGAAAGCCUGAAGCUGUCGUUUAACGUUAACGUAGACGUCCGGUCAACUUUUCCCUGUGAAAUUUAUUUACCGUGUUUCCCAUAAAUAUUUACAUGCCUUUUGUAUCCACUUAAUUUGUUAUUAGAUUAGUAGUUUCCAGCGAAAGAAGUCAUACGAGACACAUUUCACCGGAGGACUUAAGAACUAAAUUUCAGUAGCCUAACCCAAGUGCAUCGGGAUGAAGAAUCUAAACCGGGUUUCUUUUAAGGAGCAUAUUCAGCGGCUGGCGAGGUCAUUCUGCGUGUGCCUUUGUUUUCAGGAAAAGUUUGAAACUGUUCCCCAUGAACCAUUUAGAAUUGUCGGGCUGGGACGAAGAUGCUGGAAUUGGUAAUCCAUUUCAGCAUUUUGUAUCUGGACGAGGAAUUAAAUUAGGCACAUCCAUGCGCUGUAUACAGGUUGUGACAUGUUGAUGCUAUGGCAAAAUCGCAUAGGCUAGUCUUUAUUCAUAUCUGUCGAUUUAUUUAGCCGAAACUAGUGUAAACACUUUUGGAGUCGCCUACCUCGGCGAUUAGACUACAGAGUGUAGACGUAGCAUGUCUAUCGCUACAUAGUGCUUGAAAGCGAAGGAUUGCAGUUAAGCCAACGGGUCAUACAAAUUGGACGUAAUUAUCCAUCCAUAAUGUAAUGGUCUCGAUUCGAUUGCCACAGUAAGAGGGGGUUAUUUUAAGUUAUUUGAUGGCGUUUUACGUUUUUCUUGGAGGAUUUGAUGGGAUAUUCAGUUGUGGAGUGCUGCAAGAGCGCAUGCUGGCUGGACACUGCAGUUUGGUGGGGAGACCGUUCUUCGCGACCAGCAGCCCAAAACGGGCCGACCAAGCGAGUAAAGUGACUACCAGGACAGGCAGCUCAAGUGGGCGCCUGGUGGCUGACCACGUCGAAGAGCAGCUUUCCUCGGAGGAUUAAUCACCUGGAACCUGGAAUCUAAUCUUGUAGCUAUCACUUUUGUUUGUUUUUUUUACGCGGAGAUAACCAAAUAUAUUUUAUACCUGUGUAACUGUCCAGGUAUGCAGCUGAACCGACCAAAGAGCGCUUUGAUCAGCUUUAGCCCGCCGCUGUCGCCCGCAGAGACACAGAAUUCAUACUCCAGCCAGUUCAAAACAAUGCGGUUCUCUUACCACAUCAGCAGCGGCUUGCCGAGUCCUCAACCGCCACUGCGAAGAAUAGGCUCCUCCUCCUCUAGUCCCAGGCUCCUCACGAAGAGCCUCUCCCUGGAGCCGGGUCCCUGUAUCGGGGCCCACGAGACACCUCAGCGCCUGUGCUCCGACCCCGGGCCCCUGGGACCCCGCCACUGCAACGGGACCAAUGAGAACGGACCGCCGGAACUCCCCACCCCUCCCCCCAAAACACGGCCCCCCCUGCCCGGGCCGAAACCGCAAGUGCCCCCGAAACCGCCUCACCUGCAGAGCGGGCGUCGGCCACGGGCGCCCGACAAGCCCCUCCCCCCGCCGCCCCCGUCCCGGCCGCUCCCCGCGGACCCCCGCGCCUCCCGGGCCCCCCCCGCGCACGGCGAGGGGAGCGCCUCCCCCAGCUGCGUCCUCUCGCUCAUCGAGAAGUUCGAGAGAGAGCAGAUCAUCGUCGUGCCGGAUAUCACCGGGGGGGCCCUGUGCGUCCCCAGAGUCCCGGAGCCGCCGUCGGGAGGGGGGGUCCACACCCCCCCAUCGGCAGAGCCCCCUGCCCUCAGCCCUGAGCCUCAGGAGGUCCAGGAAGCCCCCGUGGGGCUGGCGGAAGGGGGGGAGGAGGCGGAGGAGGAGGAAGUGGAGGAGGGUAAAGAAGGAGAGGGGGAGGAAAGAGAGGAGGAGAGAGAGCUGGGGGCCGCGUGCGCGGAGAGGCGCCUGUCGCUGGAGUCGGGCUACGGCGCCUCCGACAAGCUCCUGGACUCCCUGGAGAUGAGGGAGCUGCUGGCCAGCCAAUCGGACGUGCCCUUGGACCGCCUGUCCCUCCCCCCGCCCCAGACGGACGGCAAGCUGGCCAAUCGGGACAGCGGCAUCGACAGCAUCAGCUCCCCCUCGCACAGCGAGGAGCUGUGCUUCGCCGGGGAGGAGGAGCGGGCGGGGCAGGAGCGGGAGGUGUGCCCCUGCAGCCCCGCCCUCACCCUCCCGCGCCUCUCCUCCUCCUCCUCCUACGGUGGCCCGGAGGGGCCGGGGGGCGAGGGGGGCGCCUCGGCGGAGGGGGGGCGGGACUCGGAGGGGGACAGCGACAUGGAGGAGGGGAGCGGGGACGAGAGCGAGCUCACCCCCACUGCACUGCAGCCCCUCGUUCUCCCCAAAACGGAGAGACAGGACUCCUGUGAGCUCUCGGUCCAGCAGCGGGUGUUCAACAUCGCCAACGAGCUGCUGCACACGGAGAAGGCGUACGUGUCGCGCCUGCACCUCCUGGACCAGGUCUUCUGCUCCCAGCUGAUGGAGGAGGCGCGCUCCCGCGGCUCCUUCCCCUGCGAGGUGGUCAUGGGCAUCUUCUCCAACAUCUGCUCCAUCUACUGCUUCCACCAGCAGUUCCUGCUGCCCGCGCUGGAGAAGCGCAUGGAGGAGUGGGACUCGAACCCCCGUAUCGGGGACAUCCUCCAGAAGCUGGCCCCGUUCCUGAAGAUGUACGGGGAGUACGUGAAGAACUUCGACCGCGCCAUGGAGCUGGUCAACACCUGGAUGGAGCGGUCCUCCCAGUUCAAAGCCAUCAUCCACAGCAUACAGAGAGAGGAGAUGUGUGGGAACCUGACCCUGCAGCACCACAUGCUGGAGCCGGUGCAGCGGAUCCCGCGCUACGAGCUGCUGCUGAAGGACUACCUGCACCGGCUGCCGCAGGACGCCCACGACUCCAAGGACGCGCAGAAAUCCCUGGAGUUGAUAGCGACCGCAGCGGAACACUCCAACGCGGCGAUCAGGAAGAUGGAGAGAAUGCACAAGCUGCUAAAGGUCUACGAGCUGUUGGGCGGCGAAGAGGACAUUGUGAACCCCACGAAUGAGCUCAUCAAGGAGGGACACAUCCUCAAGCUGUCUGCCAAAAACGGCACGUCACAGGAUCGGUAUCUCAUUCUGUUCAAUGACAGGUUACUGUACUGCGUCCCCAAACUGCGUCUGAUUGGACAGAAAUUUGGAGUCAGGGCCAGGAUCGAUGUCGAUGGAAUGGAGCUGAAGGAGACCAGCAGCGUUAAUGUGCCGCGGACGUUCCUGGUUUCCGGCAAACAGCGAUCCCUGGAGCUGCAGGCUAGGACUGAAGAGGAGAAGAAAGACUGGAUCCAGGCGAUCCAGGCCACCAUUCAGAGACAUGAGCAGACGUUAGAGACGUUCAGGCUGGUGAACUGCUCCUUCCGUGAGGAGGACUACACUCCCCCCAACUCCCCUAACUGUACGGAGUUGGGGAAGCGUGCUCCCACCCCAAUCAGAGAGAAGGAGGUCACCCUGUGUAUGAAAUGUCAGGAGCCCUUCAACUCCAUCACUAAGAGGCGCCACCACUGCAAGGCCUGUGGGCAUGUGGUGUGCGGGAAGUGCUCCGAGUUCCGGGCCCGGCUGCUGUACGACAACAACCGGGCGAACCGCGUGUGCGUGGACUGCUACACCGCGCUGCACGGGGUGCCCCCCUCCCCCGCCUGCCUGCCCAGCACCGCGCAGAGACGCCGCUCCAUCCUGGAGAAACAGGCCUCUGUGGCAGCGGAGAACAGUGUGAUGUGCAGUUUUCUGCACCACAUGGAGAAGGGAGGGGGGCGCGGGUGGCAGAAGGCCUGGUUCGUCAUUCCGGAGAACGAGCCUCUGGUCCUGUACAUCUACGGGGCACCUCAGGAUGUGAAGGCCCAGCGGAGCAUCCCCCUGAUCGGGUUCGAGGUGUCCCACCCCGAGCCCGGCGACAGACUGGAGCGGCGCAACGCCUUCAAAAUCAGCCAGAGUCACCUGACCGUUUACUUCAGCGCCGAGGGGGAGGAGCUCCAGCGCCGCUGGAUGGAGGUCCUGUCCCGGGCCGGCCGGGGGGAGGAGCUACAAGCCCGCGCCUCCAUCUCGGAAUCCCUGGAGGAGGAGGCGGAGGAGUCAGUACUUUCGGACGAAAACACGUGAUCACAUAAAUAAUGGGGCGUUGGGUUUUGGGCCGUGACGACUAUUGCAAAUAUACACUCGCAGAUACGCGCGCAGACACACACACACACACACAUAGACACACAAAACACACAAGGUUUAUAACAAGUGUCAGUGGUCAGUUGCAUGAAAUACAUGUUCAGUUUCUUAUUGUAUUAUUAAUCUUGUGAGAUUGACGGGUGUUUGCAAAAAAAAUCUGCCAAAAAUGUAUGUACCUGAAAGAAAAUGUAAAGGCAUAGUUGAUAUUGAAAUGUUUUUUUUUUUUUUAACUGCCAACAAGCUAUGUAAUUGCAGUUAUGUAAUUACACAAACAGCUUCAGCACAAAUUACUUUUGCCCAAUUUUUUAUUUUAAUGUUUUUCAUUUUUGUGUGGUUUAACAUGAGUGAUUGCUGUCGAAGCUAUGUAUGUGUGUACAUGUGUGUGCGUGUGACUGGUGCAUACUGGCAGAAGGCUAAUUGUUUGUCCCCAUCUACAACUGGACUGGGUGGCUACAACUUUUACGUAGGAUUCACACCGCAUCCAUUUAUACAGCUGGAGGGUUAAGUGCGGUGUAUAAUCCAGCUCAAGGGUACAACGGCAGUGUCCUACCCAGGAAUCGAGUGACCUUUGACCUUUAGGAGCUGUGACCAGUUCCUUACCCAUUGUACUACAGUGCCGCCUAUUAGUGUAGCCCCACAGGCAGUUGAAAGAAAUUUGAGGAGAUGGACCAAAGAGACUUCCCUGGUUAUUGGCUGACGGCAGUUGGGCCCGCAGGCCCAGAGAGGUCCAGAGCCCAGCUGCUGCAAAGAGAAGGUGCAGUAGCUCCGCUCCAGUGGUGAAAUGGUACAGAUCGACGAGAGACAAACCAGCCUCCAUUUUAACUGAGCGUCAUGGCUUCUCAAAUCCUCUGCUGAUGGUUUUUUGAGAAGCUUUGGAGACCAACUUUAGCUGUGUCUAGACUGAAAUGUGUGUGAUUAGGAUGCUGUCAUCAGAUUUUAUUUCCAUAAAGCAUUUUUUGUUAUUUUUUAUUUUGUUCUCUCCAGCGUAUUGCGGCCUAGUCCAGGCCUCGAGGCCUCUAGUAUGAGCUAGUGCGCUGGCACCACUGACACUUUCUGUGGCAUUUCGCUUAAAAAGGUUUAAUGAUGGAUUAUAGAAUGUUGCUGAAGGUUUGACUAGGGCUACCGAGGAGACAGUCAACCCUACCAGCCCCCCAUCGUUCUGAGACGGGCGAAGAGGAUGUUUUUGGGUUCCCUGUCAGAACUUUUUGCUAAGUAAUUUGCACCAACCCCAUGCUCUUACUGCACGAGCAAAUUAGAUGGUAUCUAAAUAGAGAGUUUUAUGCUGGCUCCUUAGAUGACUAACACAUCCCAGUCAGUGUGGUUGGGUUGGGCUCAGCUCCAUUUGCAUUUCAGUUGAUUCACAAAAUGAAUAGAAAUUUAAUUACUGAAAUUAAAAAUGGCUAAACAAAAAUUCUUUUCGUGAAUUGAAUUGAAUUUUUUCUAUUCAUGAACUAAAAUGUAAUUUGUUUUGUGAAUUGGCUGGAUUGAAAACAGAUUUGACCCCAACCCUGCCAGCAAGUAUCCUGGACAUGAGUUGUCCCCCAACAACCAUAAAAAAAACAAACCGACAAAAAAAUAAAAAAGCCUUAGGCCAUGUCCCAAUCAGCGCAUUUCCCUACUAUUGAGUACUCAAGUACCACUUGUAUAUGCAAUAGUAGGCAAGUGUUUGGAUUCCAGUCCGUUGGACCCCUAUUUCUGAUGUAACUUCCCUCCCACCUAGUGGUCGAGUCAGUGUAAUACAUGCUAAUGUACACCAAAGAGCAAACGUGUCCUACUGCUCUACUUGUGAUAGUAGUGGGUGGGGAGAUUAUUUCAAUAUUUUUAUUUCAAUUCAGAAGUGGUUGAAUUGAGCACCGAAGCUGAGAGAAGUCCAUUGAGAUUUUUUCCCCCAAGCCUGUUGCGACAGGUUUUCCAGCCAAUUGGCUGUGCACUAAAUUGUUAUUGGAAGUUCCAUCUAGUAUUUGCACUUUUUAUCCUUAAGAUUAUUAGGUUACACUAUGCGGGCAAUGUAAAACAGGUAGUAGGGAUGGUUGUGCUGUUGUUCGGUUUUUGAGAACUUGAGAUUAGAUCAGUCAGUUGAGAAUUUAGUAUGCGGGUGAUGGUUUGAGAACUGCUGCAUCCACACUUGCAGACCAAUCAAGUCCAGUUGGCUGGAAAUUAUUUUUAAACUGUUUUUCCUUUUAAAACAGAUGAAAUUAGUAUCUUAUAUCUUUGCUGUCUAAAUCUAAUCUAAGUUGAUGGAAAAGGGCUGGAUGACACCACUAAAAAAAGACAAUGAAUUUCAAAUCUUCUCUCUGUGUAUUUGCUUAUGCCUUUCAGUUUAAUUUAACUCAUUUAUUAACAUGGAGACUAAAGUUAACGUAUCCAUGGUGACAGAAAUGAGUUUAAUAUCUGUGGUAAGAAAGGAAAACACAGACCUUUGUGUCAAAACGAUCCAUGUUUGACAGCAAACUUUGGCAAUGUAUAAGGCACAAGUUCAAUUCUGAUCAAAUUUCAACGCGUAAAAAAUAAACGUUCUCUUGCAUUGCAGAUCUUUUCUUAAAAUGAUGUUUUGGAAAGUCUGUGGUUUUUUGCUCAAAUUGGACAAAUGGAUUAGAAUGCUUUGGGUCAUACUCAUAUGAUGUCAGUCCCAUAUUUCCACUGGUAUUCCAAUAUUUUAUUCUAAAAUAAGGCUGCAGUGUUGAAAUCCAAAUUUAAAACUCUAGAUGGCAAUACAACUGCUUUCUAGGGGGAAUUUUUUUGUUUUGUUUUGUUUUGUUUUGUUUUUGGUAGGCCAGGGACUGUUGAAAUAUUGAGUAAAAGUUUCCGUAGCGGUGGUGCUCAUCCAAACAUUUAUAAUGGGACUCAGGAACGAGUUUUUGAGGUUGUUUCUCUCGGAUCAGGUGUACAGGACAUGAGUAUGUAACGGAGUGAAUGUGCGCAUGAACGUUGGUCUACUCAUUCAGAGCUGAUGUGGCAUUUUUGCCUUAUUAAUGGUUUUUAUAAAGCAUCCACUCAAAAGAUCAAAGGAAUCAAGACAGAAGGAAAAAAUUGAGAUGAAACGGAAAAUUGUGAAUGGAGGUGUAUUUGUAUUCGGAGAAAGAAAAAAGAAAAAAAAAGCAAAAGGGUAAUUUUAAAAAAAUGCAUUUGUAAAUAUAAUUUAUUCUCCUCAGUGCCCAGUUCCGUGGGCGAGGUAUGAUGGCAAGCUUGGUGUUAUUUCUAUCUUGUGCCGUUUAAAUUUGACUCCUGAUAACUGUGGUGGAACUUCCUGUUGGGAAUAACUUCUUUACUUGACCACUUACAUAUUUCCCAAUCUGAGGUUGUUUUUUUUUUUGGAUCCUGGAAGGGGGUGAAAGAGUUAUAUGUAAUGUUUCUCUUUUGUUUGAUCCCAAACUCCCUACUGUAAGCCAGCGUGGGUGAAUUUUAAGCAUUUCUUCAAGACAACUAUAGAUAUUUGUUAGGUAUUCCGUUUCUUUGUUGAUGUUGUUCUUUGUUAGACAAAUGCUUGACUAAUAUGAAAACCCAAACCAGUCAACCUCAGAGUUUGUACAUAACCAUUCAGUAUUCUCUCACCCUAUGUGCAUAUUUCACCCUCCAGUGCCAUUUAAGAAAAUGUAAAAUGUGCCUGCUCAUCUGAAUACCUGUAGUCUGUUGUGGUGGAGAUCUUCAUACCCUUCAACUGUAACACAUUUCAUACUCUAUGGAACUGCAGUGCUAUUAUUGGUUAGUCUGUGUGUUGAAGAUGACUGUUUCAGACGAUAAGGGUGGGGUUUUUUUUUUACCCUUGCUGUUUAAGUUGUAGGAAUUCAGAGUGAUCCUCCGAAACUCCAUAGACAAAGAUUUACUAUAAUGCUGAAUGGAAAGACAUUCGUUUAACCUAGGAAAAAUUCACCCAGUAAACAUGGUCUAAUUAACGUAUUUUCUCUUGUAUUUUUUAUUUAUUUAAAUUUUGCUUUACGGUGGUCUGUGUCAUCGCUUAUAUGUUACAUUCUCAUAGUUUGUGGGUAAUUACAAUUGUAGUUUACCUCUGCUUUUGCCAAAGUAUACAGCGGGAACUUUUAAAUUAGACUGAAAUGGCCACAGGCAUGUAUCAAUGUUUGUUUUAUUUUAUUACUAUUCCCUACAUUUACAUUUAUUUGAUCUGUGUAGAAUCUGGAAAACUGGUAUCUUAAAUUUUAAUUCGGUUUUUUUUUUCUGUCAUCUUUAUGAGGCUUAUUAUAUCUACAAAACGUACCUUUGCUGAAAUACCAGAGGAGAAGUGAUGUCCUGUGUUCAAGUGGCAGUUAUAAUUUAAAAUGUGUGGAUAUCAACACAGAAACACCAGUAUAUGUACACAGUAUCCUCACAUCGGUUCAUAGGAUUCAAAGUCCAAGUCUUGCAAAUCAAAUUAUUUUGCGCAUCACAACUCCAAAUUUUGUUCACAUAGUUUAAUUUGUGUUUACAGUUAAUUCUGUAGAUGAAGGUCCAGCUGAAUAGUUAGCAAAUACAAACUCCAAAAUACAAACUCCAUUCAAGCUUCGAAACAGUAUUUUAGUUUUGCUAAGCCCAUCAUGUCAUAAUCUAUGGCACAUUUUUUUUCGUGAAUACAAACUGUAUAGGUUUAUUGUAAACAUGACUGAGUAUUACUGUUAUUAUAAUUGUUAUUAUAAUUAUUAUUGUUAUUACUAUUAAUUAUAUUAGUGGCAGGCCACUGGGUACCAUUGUAUGUUGAUAUCCCAAUGAAAUCUGUGCAAGAUAUUGAAAAUGUUUAUGAAUUUAAAAAUAAAAAAAAUGUUAGCAAA